AUGUUUGUAUUAUGUUCUGUUUCUGUCUUUUAUAUAGCUUUUCUUCAUUUUGUUACAGCGUUUGCUGAACUUCAAUACCCUCUGUUUCAAUCUUUCGAGUCUAUCAAAACCCGUAGUUCCGAAUGGAAAUUGAACUUCUCUUCAUCAGCACCUCAUUGUUUCGCAUCAGUUUACGGACUUCUUCAACAGUGGCCAAAUACAUUCUUUCCGAGCGGGCAUAGUAUUGUUCCGUGUGAAAUACCUCCUCUCACAAAAGUGUAUCAUGGCCGAAGAGAUGUCGAAUCUCUACCUGAAAGUCCAGAAUGGGUUUCUUUCGACGUUGAAAUGGCCUAUGGAAUUAUGGGUUCCACCAGAAACUCCCAUCUUCUUACAUUCCAAACUACUCGUACAGCGAAAUGCGUUUAUUUUGACGGGAAAUCCGCUACACUCAUGGGCACAGGUCGAAUGGAUACACAAAUGCUGCACAUCUACAGCAAUGUAACUGUCCCAGAUCCUAAUGGACACUUUGGACCAGGCUUAGUACAAGAGUAUGAUAGGGCAAGAGGCCUCUGCUCCUGGGCGCACGAAAGAGGUCUCGGCGGAAGAGGUUGGGGCGUCGAAGGGUUUGUACGAAUGAAUGCUGGAUUUGAGAUGAUCUGGUGUGAUUUCGAGGGCGAAACACUAAGAUUAGUGGAGCAUUUGAAUGUUACAGCUCCUUUGCUUCCCAAAAACGUACCAGAAGAAGUAUAUAAAAAGGAAGAAGCGGAUCUCACAUCCUACCUUCCACUACCAUCUAUAACGACUCGGUCGCCGCAAUCUACACAUACAAAGAAUCCCACGGAAAACCAUCCUGCUAUGCCACCAAACUUCAGACAUGAUUCUGAGAGAGAACCAUUCCUUCGAAGUCAAGGCUGGGGUUGGUUCACAAGCGCUGCUUCUCAUUACGGUUCUUCUGGAGAAGGGCCGGGACUUGGCGAAAACAGAGUCAAACUGCUCACAUGUGGAAUCCUGAACUACUACUCUCCUAAAUUCGAGAGCCAAGCAAAGGCACGAGGUAUAGUUGAAAGGGAAACAUUAAAUUUAACAAGUGAAGGGUUCUGGAAAGCUGAUCUGGGGGACGAGAAUGAAAGGAUGACUGCGUUGAACGCUUUGAUGCGAAGGAGGAGAUCCCAUACUUUAGACGAUAUCAGUACAGAUGACGCAGCAAUAAUGAAAGAGGACUCGGAGAGAGUUCUCAAGAAUUUACUCAGUCAAUCUUCGAACUGCACCGGUAUUGACUGGACAACGAUGACCAACGGAAUCGUUCAAACCUACGCAUCACCCCUAGCUCAAAUUCUUCAAACCCUACAAAAUUACUCUUCAAUUCCGCCAUCCAACAACACAGCAGAAAGAAAGUGGAUGUCAUCCAUUCGGGACCAGACUCAUUCAUUACUUCUCCCUUUCCUUGAAUAUCCGUCGCCCAAAGAAGACCCUUCAAUCUGGCAACUGGACUCCACUCUCUUCCAAACCACUUAUUCCCGCUGUCACUACCACCACACCCGGCUUCUUUCCCCUUCUUUGGGUAUCUAUCUAUCACCCGAAGAGAAUUCCUUCAAAUGGGCCGUCGAAGAAACCCAAGCCGGAAUCUGCAACAUCCUAAUCGACAUUGGAUUUUCCGUCGAAGAUAUCUGGAACACCACAUUCAACCAACCAUCUUCAAACUCAAAAGACACACCCAUUCUAGCCCUUCAAGAUCAAAAAGAAAUCCCCCGCUGA